AUAGCCCGGUGAGAACCGAAGGGGAUAAUUGUUGACGGCAUCACUGCGAAGAGGAGACAGACGGCUAUGGCCAAACUCGACCACCGAAAAUGAUGGGGACAAUACUGGAAGAACGCGCUCCGAGAAACAACCCGCACAAUCUAUACACUAAAGGCAAGCGGACAUCAAAAUCCUUAUGGAGUAGCGGCGCGCCAACAAAGCAGAGCACAAUGGUGUACAAGUCUGGGGUGCCUAAUGGUCUACAUAGAGAAAGCAGAAUUCCUCUUCCUGAGGGCUAUCCGCCCAAAAUGAGAGGAAAACUGGAGGAACCCUCCCUGAUGGACACCCCAAGUGCCCAGGUGAGUCAGACGAAACCGAUGACUCCCAAGCCGAGGCCACAGGUGUCCUUCCUGAGGGAGACGAGAACCAGGCCAUGGAAGGCGGCCUCUCACUCCAAAAAUGAGACCGGUGGUGACGUGAGCCACUCGGGGCCACAGGAUCACGUCUCUCACACUGUCAACAUCCAAUCAGGCCUGAGGAGGGAUUGCUCCCUGGAGAGGAGAGAGGGAAGGAGGAGGUAUCCGAGUUCAGACCGGGCCAAGCAGCAGCAGCAGCAGCAGCGGCAGCGUGAGAUCUCAUUCUCGGACAGUGCCAGUGACCUGUCUGACACGGAGAGAGGCCCCGAGUUGCCCGCCGCCCCUAGCACCCCUCCCAAACUAGACCUCCGAGCUGAGGUGAUUGAUCCGGCUGAGUUCCAGCGGCGUCCCCGUGCCUCCUCCUCCUCCUCCUUCCGCCGCCAGUGCCAGCCUAGCCGCAGCUACCCAGACUUCCUGCCCCCGCCCUUCAAUGGCUGGAGCCUGCAGCAGCUGGCCGUCUUCCUCAACACAGAGGGCAAAGGCAUACCCAGGCCCAAGCCCUCGGACCACCUGGAGAGAUACCUUGAGAGGCUGCUCAAGCUGGAGUGGCACCAGAUCCAGACCGUCAGGAAUGAGACGGGUGUCGUUGAUGGUGCUGCCGACGGCGACGGUGCUUGCUGCAGUACCAGUAACAUCAUCCGGGGUCGACAUACACGCUGUCGUCUUCCUCGCCCCCACAGCAGCCCCUCUGCCAAACUGAGCACCCCCAAAAGCAUCCUCCAGUGCCAGCGGGCGUUCCCCCUUGCCCUGCUCUCCUCCAUCACCACCCCCAGCUUGCCUGUGCAGCAGGUGGGCUGCGCGUGCCCACACUGCCACGUCCGCUACCCACACUGCAACGGCUCCUGUCACUCGGCGGUGUCGUCGUACGGCUACCAGCAGAGCUCCCGUCUGAGUCCGGUGAUGGAGCGCCGCCGGCGGCCCUCUGGUAUGCCAAAGAGGAGCAGUAGCGAGAGCCGUGCCUAUGGGCACCCCCAUACCCAUACCCAUACCCACGCACAUGGCUAUGCCUUGGGCUCCGUAUCCACCUUCCCAUCUCACAGCUAUCAUGAUCCAGGAAAGAGGAACGGAAACGGGAGUAGCCACCUGAGACGAAUGCAGGCUGCCGGAAACAUCCGCAACCCAUCGCUGAGUCCUCCGCGGCUCCGGGCCCCGGUGUCAGGUGCGCUUGGCCCAGCAGAGGCAGCCGUCAGUGGGGGAAGAGAUCGUGCCAGUGGUGGUGGUGGAAAUGGAGGUGGUGGUGGUGGUGGAGCAAGGGACACUCGUGGCAGGGAAGGAAGGGAGGUCAGCCAAAGACGGAGGUCUGUAUCGGAGAGGAGGAGAUCAACACCCAGUGCAGCGAAGCAAGAUUUGAAAACAAAUGGCCAUGUGGAUACUGACCAUUUUGUUGGCAGGUCAAGAGACAGGGCGUCCGGAAGGGCAACUGGGAGGACAAAGCAUGUUGAGUUUGUCACAUGAGCUUUAUGAAGAAUAUUGUUGCCAUAUAACAAUCACGGAUCUCAGAAAAGCACAAAAAAAACUUUUUUAUCUUUAAUGUCUA